UUCGCUCUUUGAGCGAAGAUGGCGGGCCCGACAGCCUCGGACGUGCCCCCGACGAUGCCGGUCAAGAUCUUCUCAGCUGGCGUGGCGGCCUGUGUGGCGGAUGUGAUCACCUUCCCGCUGGACACGGCCAAAGUUCGGCUCCAGAUCCAAGGUGAAUGCCAGACCUCCAGAGCCAUUAGGUAUAAAGGUGUCCUGGGUACAGUCACCACUCUGGCAAAAACUGAAGGGCCAAUGAAACUCUAUAGUGGGCUGCCUGCUGGUCUCCAGAGACAAAUAAGCUUUGCCUCUCUUAGGAUUGGCCUCUACGACACCGUCCUGGAGUUCUUCAGCACAGGGAAAGAAACAACAGCUAGUUUAGGAAGCAAGAUCGCAGCUGGUCUGACGACUGGAGGAGUGGCAGUAUUCAUCGGGCAACCCACAGAGGUCGUGAAGGUCAGACUGCAAGCACAGAGCCAUCUGCAUGGUCUCAAACCUCGCUACACUGGGACUUACAAUGCUUACAGAAUCAUAGCGACAACGGAAGGCCUGACAGGCCUUUGGAAAGGGACUACUCCCAAUCUGACAAGAAAUGUCAUCAUCAAUUGUACAGAGCUAGUUACAUACGACCUAAUGAAGGAGGCCCUUGUGAAAAAGAAACUCCUAGCAGACGACUUACCCUGCCACUUCGUGUCAGCUCUCAUCGCUGGAUUUUGCACAACAGUCCUGUCCUCGCCAGUGGAUGUGGUAAAAACCCGAUUUGUUAAUUCUCCACCAGGACAGUACACGAAUGUGCCCAACUGUGCCAUGACAGUGCUCACUAAGGAAGGACCGUUGGCUUUUUUCAAAGGGUAGGAUAUGGUCUUCUCUGUCUAUAAUGUUGUGUUCAGGCCAUCUGUGUGCUUUGGGAUGCUUUCUUGUCUAAAUAGUUGACCAGCCUUAGUCUAUGCCGUAUGCUUAGUGUCUAUUUUUCUUUGCCAUAACGAUCUCCAAUUCGCUAAUUCCACUG